AUGUCCUCGCCGACUUCCUCUCCACCGGCACCCCCGGACGAUAACCACAUCGUACUCUCUUCACCAGGCGCGCCUUUCAUAACCCUUAAAUACGCCCAAAAAGGAAGCUGCAUCUGUGACAAACAGACCAUGAGCCAGCUCGCUACCUCACUCUGUCCUCUGCAUGGAUACCACGAUUCCAAAGCCAAGAUUGUCAAACGGAAAAGCUCAUGUGUCGCAGACGAUUCUCAAGAGAAGGAAAGAGAUGGAGACUACCGCGUCCGUCGUGAUCGCCGUGACCGCGGGUCUCAGGGGAGAGUGAGGAGAAGGAACACAGAGCCGCAAUCACAACCACGUAGGUCUUGGAAUCCAUACCUCCUGCGAUAUCCUCCUGUCACCAGCCAUGCUGAGACGACCGCCGUCGGGGUCUUCGCCGCAGAACUCAACCUCUUGAAUAACAAUCUGCGUCGAAUUUUGACCAGCCGCAGCGCCUCCGACGAGUUCAUCCACUCUGUUCAGUUCUCUGAACGGCCACCUCUGACCCAGAUCGACUUCCUUGACUGGCCACUCGAGGCACGAAAGAUCGUUUACCGCUCCCUGCUUGUGCCAGCGACAAGAGCAGUUAUCUUCCCGGGCAAAAACAGCAAUGUCACGUUCCACCAAUUAAACCCAGAUCUCAAUGCGAACAUCCUCCGUACGAACAGUCAAGUGUACAGCGAAGCCAGAAAUAUCUUAUACAGCGAGAACAACUUCACUGCCGCGGAACCUGCAGAUUUCUUCUACCCCAACGGCGUCCAAGGGCUUCGAGCUAGCACAGCCAACAAAAUCAAGCAUAUCUCGUUUUUGAGGAGAGACAGUGGCCCGAACCUGUGUGACCUCAACAGCCAGGUCCUGUCGACGGCCAUCCUUUCCCUGAUUAACCAGUGUCCGGCAUUCCUCAACAUUGCCACGCUCACUAUCCGGUUUGAGGUUCUUCGCCCCGUGACCGUGAACAUGCUCAAUUUGCAGGUGCAUUAUGCACACAACGGCAUCGACCACAACAUCAGGUCGGCGUACAACAAAACUGACGUGGUCAUUAUGGCGGCGGCAACGGUGGCGUAUAGGGCCUUGAAAAGAAAAUCACCUUUCCAAGGCCUAAAAGAGGUUGAAGAUCGCUUCGAGAGCGUCUGUGAUGCCAACAAGGACCGAGUCAUCAAACAUGUGAUUGAGAUGUGUCUGUUCAGAACCAGUGAACCUGUGGAGACAUACCAGAAGCAUAGCCAGAUGCUGCGUGAGGCGAUCGUGGAUAUGUUGUUUGGCGAGAAGGAGAGAGAGGUGCCAGGCGCGGAUGAGAAGUUCCGGGACUUUGUGAGACGUUAUCUUAUGUGA